AUGCUACCGCGUACCCUUCUCUUGGGCAGCCUCCUUACCGUCUCCGUCUCGGCCUGGAAUACCGACGUCCACCAGCAGAUCGGCUACACAGCCGAAACGUUCCUGACUCCACACGCGGCGAACGUACUUGGGCAGAUCCUCGAACCGCAGUACAACGGGUCCAUAGGCAACGCGGCGGCAUGGGCCGAUGCGUACGCCCAUACGGACGAGGGAGCUUUCUCGUACCAGUGGCACUGGAUCGAUUCUGCUGAUGAUCCACCGGCAUAUUGCAACGUCUACUACAACCGCGACUGCAGCAAGGGCGGCUGCAUUGUGUCGGCCAUUGCAAACCAGACCGAGAUCCUGCGCGAAUGCAUCGCGGAAGUCGAGGCGGGCAGCUACACAGCUGGCGCCAACCUGACCUGCUCGUACGCGCUAAAAUGGGUCACGCAUUUCUUGGGCGACAUUGCGCAGCCGCUGCACGCCAGCGGCAUCGCGGCGGGGGGCAAUAACUUCAAGGUUAUCUUCAACAACGUUUCAACGGAACUGCACGCGGUGUGGGACGGCUGGAUAAUCUACCAGGAUGCGGGGGUGACGCGCUUCUCCAACACCACCAUCUCGCCAUUCUUCUCCACCAACCUGCUCCCCCGGAUCAAGAAAGACCUCUUUUUCGAGCCGACGGCCUCGUGGUUGGCGUGUACGGAUCCAGCAACGCCGAUCGAGUGCGCGCUGGCCUGGGCGCGCGAUAGCAACUCUUGGACAUGCGACUACACAUACUCACAAAACUACAACGCAACUGACCUGGCGACGAGCGGAUACUCUGUCGGGGCGUAUCCCAUUGUGGAGCUGCAGGUUAGCAAGGCUGCGCUGCGGCUGGGCACGUGGUUGAACCGCCUCGUGGCGGAGUAUAAGCAGGAUCGCGGGCUCGUACUGCAGACGAACCCAUCAUGGAUUGGAGGGCCUAAUGAAGGGAAGUAA